CCGGAGGUAUCCAGGAAGGAGAGGCGGCGGCGCGAGGAGGAGUUGGGGCGCGCCGGGGGACGCUGCACGGUUUCAGUGCCAAGUGCUUAAAGAGGAAAAAUGAGACGGUUUUUAAGGCCUGGACACGACCCAGUUCGAGAGAGGCUCAAGCGAGACCUUUUCCAGUUCAACAAGACAGUUGAACAUGGCUUCCCCCACCAACCCAGUGCCCUGGGUUACAGUUCUUUCCUCCGUCUUAUGGCUAUUGGGACACGGUCAGGAGCUAUCAAACUCUAUGGAACUCCGGGAGUUGAAUUCAUGGGUUUGCAUGAAGAGACCAACACAGUUGUACAAAUACAUUUCAUUCCUGGGCAGUGCCGCUUAGUGACACUACUGGAUGACAACAGCCUGCAUUUAUGGAUCCUGAAACAGUCCAACAGCGGUACAUCUGAGCUUCAAGAGGAAAGGCAUUUCACUCUCCGAGGACCCCCUGGUUCCCCUCCAAGUGCCACACAGGUAACAGCAAUCCUCGCACAUUCCUCACAGGAAUGUCUGUACCUGGGCACUGAGAGUGGUAAUGUCUUUGUGGUGGAGCUCCCAUCCUUCAGAGUGCUGGAAGAUCGGACCAUUAGUCCAGAGGUUGUGCUGCAACGGGUACCAGAGGAUUAUCAAAACAGGCGGUCACUUGAAUUGGUUGAAGCCUUACGGGAACAUCCCCGGAACUCCAAUCACAUCCUGAUUGGAUACAGCAGGGGCCUCAUUGUCCUCUGGGACUUGAUAAAUAGCAGAGCAACACAUCAUUUCCUUGGCAGUCAGCAACUGGAAAACCUCUUCUGGCAAAGGAAUGGCCAUCAGAUCAUCAGCUGCCAUUAUGAUGGAAGUUACACCCAGUGGCCUGUUUCCAGUGAUGACAGGCAGCCUUCGCCUCUGGAAAGCAAAGUGCCUUAUGGUCCUUUUCCUUGCAAGGCCAUCUCCAAGAUUUAUUGGCAAACAACAAAGACUGGGCUCCCUUACAUUAUAUUUCAAGGAGGGAUGCCCCGGGCAAGCUAUGGUGACCGGCAUAGCAUUUCAGUUAUUCAUGGCAAUCAGCAAACUGCCUUUGACUUCACAUCGCGUGUGAUAGACUUCUUUGUCAUUGCCACUGCUGACCCAUUUGCAGAGUUCGAUGACCCGUCUGCUCUGGUCGUGUUAGCAGAGGAAGAGCUGGUAGUCAUAGACCUCGUGUCUCCAGGCUGGCCGUCCAUCCAACCUCCGUACCUUGCAUCUCUCCACUGCUCGGCCAUCACGUGCUCCCAUCACGUCUCAAACAUCCCUCUAAAGCUGUGGGAAAGGAUCAUCAGUGCUGGGAGCAAGCAGAACUCCCAGUUCUCUAAAAUGCCAUGGCCAAUUAAUGGAGGCACCAGCAAAGCUCCAGAUCCACCCCAGCGGGACUUGCUGCUUACCGGGCAUGAGGACGGCACAGUGCGGUUCUGGAACGCUUCUGGGGUGUGUCUGAACCUUCUGUACAAGCUGAGCACAGUGAAGGUGUUCCUCACAGAUGCCGAUCCCAACGAUAACAUGAACCAGAUGGGAGAGGAUGAGUGGCCUCCGCUGCGCAAGGUUGGCUCCUUUGACCCUUACAGCGAUGACCCCAGACUUGGGAUCCAGAAGAUCUUCCUGUGCAAAUACAGUGGCUACUUGGCGGUAGCAGGAACAGCAGGGCAGGUACUUGUAAUGGAGCUCAAUGAUGAGGGAGCAGAGCACGUGGUUGACCGUGCGGAAGCAGACCUCCUCCAGGACCAGGAAGGCUACAAGUGGAAGGGUCACGAACGGCUGAAAACCAGAGAUGGGCCUGUUCAAUUUGAACCUGGAUUCCAGCCUUUUGUCUUGAUCCAGUGUCAGCCGCCGGCUGUAGUCACUUCACUGGCUCUUCACUCGGAAUGGAAGCUUGUGGCCUUUGGGACAAGCCAUGGCUUCGGGCUCUUUGAUCAUCAGCAGAAGCGGCUGGUCUUUGUCAAGUGUACCCUGCAUCCCAGUGACCAGCUAGCCUUGGAGGGCCCUCUUUCCAGGGUGAAAUCUUUAAAGAAGUCCCUCCGCCAGUCCUUCCGGCGGAUGCGAAGAAGCAGGGUCUCGAACAGGAAGCGGCGAACUGCUGAGGUACAAGAGGGAAUUUCCAGGCAAGAUCACGAUGCGUUACAGGAGAUAGAACUGGCCCCCGUCCAACGAAAGAUUGAAGCCCGGUCGGCAGAGGACUCCUUCACUGGUUUUGUGCGCACCUUAUACUUUGCUGACACCUUCAUAAGAGACAGUUCCCGGCACAGUCCCUCCCUGUGGGCAGGCACCAACGGGGGCACAGUCUACGCCUUCUGUCUGCGUGUUCCUCCAGUGGAAAGACGAAUGGAUGAGCCUGUCAGAGCAGAGCAGGCCAAAGAGAUCCAGCUCAUGCACAGAGCUCCUGUUGUUGGGAUCCUGGUUCUGGAUGGCCAGAACACGCCUCUUCCAGAGCCUCUGGAAGUAGCCCAUGACCUCUCGAAGAGUCCCAACAUGCAAGGUAGCCAUCAACUUCUCGUCGUGUCUGAAGAGCAAUUUAAGAUUUUCACGUUGCCAAAGGUCAGCUCCAAACUGAAGCUCAAGCUGACAGCUCUGGAAGGCUGUCGGGUGAGGAAGGUGGCCGUCGCCAGCUUUGCCAGCUGCAAGACUGAGCACUGUGAGAACGAUCUGGCUGUUCUGACAAACCUGGGAGACAUCCAGAUCAUCUCCCUGCCUUCGCUCAAGUUUCAAGCACGGUACUCCUGUAUCCGCAAGGAGGACGUGAGCGGCAUCGCAUCCUGUGUGUUCACCAGAUAUGGGCAAGGGUUCUAUCUCAUCUCCCCAUCAGAGUUUGAGAGGUUUUCUCUUUCUGCAAAGUGGCUUGUGGAGCCGCAGUGUUUAGUCAGAGUGCCUGAAAGUGCCGGCAACAGCCACAUGCAUAACACAUCCGGCAUGGAGAAGGCUUCGAGGAAAUCCAACAGGGAAUCGGGACAGAGCUCUGGUGAUCCAGGUGGAAAUGACGGCGUGCAUGGCAGGCUGAUGGAACAUGCCCUGCUCAAUGAUGAAAGUGUGCUGAAGGAAAUUCAAAGCACUCUAGAAGGUGGAAGAGGGAGUUACGGUGACAGAAUUUCAAGGAAAAUCCAAGCAGGGCACAGGCUCAGUAAUGGAGGAGCAGAAUGAUUGUGCUGUGUCCAGGUCACCGUGAGGUCUGGCAUUUGGAAAGGGUGCCAUAACACUACCGACUGUAUAGGUCCACCAUUCAUGGAGGGAAGCAUCCACUGAGCACAGCCUCGGAUUGAAUUGCAGGGCUGAGUCUUGUGUGGCCACUCACUCGCCUCCCGAUCCUCCUUUUCACUGUGCCUCACCUGAAGCCCUCCACACCUGUUUUUUUCAGCCUUAUCCUGAGGCUGGAUUGGUUCCCUUGGCCUGUUUCCCUUUAUACCUCUGGAUAGGUUAUUUGUGAUUCUUCAAAUGUUUGCACAAGUUCUUUUCUUUUAAAAAUAUUUCUAUUGGGAUGGGUUUUAAAUUAUAAAUGUUGCUGCCUUGGGAACAGAGUUUUUUUUUUUAAAAAAUACUGUUACCUUUGAGUAAAAUUAUUUUUUGUACAUUUUUAAAAAUCAUACUGGUGUUUAAUAGAGAGAUAUUUUAGAAGCGUGCUUUUUUAAAAAAUCUUGAAUGAAAUAAUAUAUGUCACUUUAGAUCCCUGUGGCUGCUGUAAACUCUUUUUCAGUGCCGAAACUGCAAGGUUUUGUUUUGUAAUUGUACUGUGAUUUCGCAGACUUGAGUAGAAUCUUAUUUUUGUAGCUGUACAAAUCAGGGGAAAUUGAUUCAAUUUAACUUGAUUUGUGUGUGGACACUACACUGAUUUGUCUUAAAAUAAACCAAUACCAUUACCUA